AGCUCUAUUUCGAACAAUCCCACAGACACAAACUGCACGGGCAAUUUCAUCCGGUGGUCACGUUAGCGAAACGCGGCGAUGGAUUUGGAUGACCGGGAGGAGGGGUGGUUGGUCGUCGUUAGAAAUCGAACUUGGAGCUAGAAGUUCAACUCAUGUGUAAUUAUCGUGGCUAGACAGAUUUCGCUUUUCGUCAUUCUCAAGCCCACAUUGUGUUUUCAAUGAUGGAGGACGACGAUUUAGUGUGCGAGUAUGAUUCCACCUGGGACACAGAGAGUGAUGAUGGAGACGACCCAGGAGAGAACCAAAUGCGUCAUUUAAACCAGGACAAAACUAAAUCGUAUUGGACAUCAGGUUUAUGGUCAAACACGUGUUCCAGAAACAUGAGGGCUGCGAAGGACAUGCAGAACUACAGACGAGGGUAUCCUAAUCUAACAGAUGAUGAAUGCUCAGAAGAAAGAAUGUUUAAUUUAAAAUUCUAUCUCAAUGAAUACCCUUCCUCCCCUGAUGACAUUUUAAUCGAGUCAUUUCAUAAAGAAUGGAGGACUGACUAUAAGAGGUUGGAGAGAGUUCACUCCUACAUUCAGUGGUUGUUUCCACUGCGGGAGCCAGGAGUGAACUACAUGGCCUCUGAGCUCACCAAGAAGGAGAUCCAGGCCUUCCGGGAGAGCGAGGAGGCCAAGAAGAGGCUGGUGGAGUCCUACGAGCUCAUGCUGGGGUUCUAUGGCAUCCAGCUGGUCAACAAAGACACAGGCGAGGUCAAACGUGCCGACAACUGGAAGGAACGGUUCGCCAACCUUGAACGGAACAUGCACAAUAACCUUCGCAUCACGCGCAUCCUGAAGAGCCUGGGGGAGCUAGGCUUUGAGCACUACCAGAGCCCGCUGGUGCGCUUUUUCCUGGAGGAGACACUGGUCAAGAAGAACCUGAGCAGCGUCAAGCGCAGCGUGUUUGACUACUUCCUAUUUGCCGUGCGUGACAAGCAGAAGCGCAAAGAGCUGCUGCGCUACGCCUUCCAGCACUUCGAGCCCAAGGACAAGUUUGUGUGGUGCCCCCGAAAGAUCCAGAAACAGCUGAAGAAGGCAGAGAAGGGGAACGGAGAGGGAGGGGAGGAGGGCCGCCCACGAGCCAAGGCUAGAGGAUUAGAGGCUGGGGGAGCCCAGAAGGAAGAGAAGGGUGUCACAGAGGAGGUGACGGAGACGGCCAAGUUGACUGAUGAAGCAGUGAGUAGUGACCGAGAUAAGCAGGCCGAGGGGUCUUCUGUUGAUCCUCCUGGGCCAGCGGUCUCCUCAGAGGACUCUGAACCACUGGGAAACGGGAACCGUAAUGAUACUAACAAUGUUGACAUGGACCAUUCAGGCAGCCCAGACCCUGAGUCUGUUAAAGGAGACCACAGUAUGGAGGAAGGACUCAAAGAGAACAGUCAAGCCAAGGACAGCAUCCAGAACUCAGUCCAUGUCAAGCCAGCUGCAUCUGAAAUGGAGUCUGAGAAGUUGGAGCAACCGACCAAGAAGAAAAGGGAAGGUCACAAGGGCGUGCCUAGCAACAGGCGGGAGGAAGGCACGGUUGUCCACAACAACAACCACUCCAAUCAGAUGAGCCUGUCCGUGACAUCAUCCCACAAAGCCAAGACUGAUGAUCCCAAAAAGAAUUCGCCCAAAAAGAAUUUGACCAAAAAGGAUUCGCCCAAAAAGGACUUGACCAAAAAGGAUUGGCCCAAAAAGGACUUGCCAUCGGACUCCUCAGAACGAGGUGAAAAACACCCAAGGACUGACUUUAGUGAUGUGACUGAUAAUAACGCAGUGCCAGUGGGUGGGGAGAACACAGAGAAAGCUGUAAAGGGCCAGACAAAUGGGAAAGAAGUAAAAAAUGAAGUGGAGGUGAUGGAUGUGGAAUCCACCUACCAGCCAAGUUCAGACCAAGACAUGGGAUCUUCCUGAAGGAAGGAAGGAAGGAAGGAAGGAAGGAAGGAAGGAAGGAAGGAAGGAAGGAAGGAAGGAAGGAAGGAAGGAAGGAAGGAAGGAAGGAAGGAAGGAAGGAAGGAAGGAAGGAAGGAAUCAGAGGCAGACUAAAGGGACAUAUGUUCACUUAUGGCCAAUCCCAAAAUCGACCCCAUCAGAUAAUAUAGGUAUAAGCCAUAUGGUAAAAGCUCCAUCUUGCUGUCUAAUAAUGUAGGCUAGAUGGAAUUCUCUCCAUAUUGCUUACACAUUUCCAAUCCUCUCAGAAUGGCAUACAUUCUGACUUCUACAGAAAUGCCUAUGAAGUAGGGUCUGGGUGGUUUCCACUGAUUAACAGUACAUUUUCAGGCCUUAUUAUAUUAACAUUUACUGUCCUCAGUGUUCACAUUAGAGUGGGUAUGUUAUUUUUGUUGGUAUGGAUUACUGAAUUUAUUUGUUCACGUCUGAAAUUGUGUUGUGACAGGGAAGGGGAUUAUGGUAAUGACUGCGAUCAGUUCUCCAUGGUUGAUCAGUUCUCCAUGGUUGAUCAGUUCUCCAUGGUUGAUCAGUUCUCCAUGGUUGAUCAGUUCUCCAUGGUUGAUCAGUUCUCCAUGGUUGAUCCGGCAACUGCAAGUAGUUAGGAGCUUUGUACUGAGGAGAUUGAUAAGGAAAGUCUGUAAUUAGAGUUAACAUUGAAAUUAUUAAUUACAUAUCACACAAUGAAUUUUUGCUUGCUUGUUACAACUUUACAGUCAUUUUGCACAAAAAAAUAAAGACAUUUGGAAAUAUA